GCCGCCCGCGCCAGGACCCGCAGGCCCGGAAACGCUCGUUGUCACAAAGCCGGGCGGGGGGGGGAACACGUGGGCUCCCACGGCCCGGCGGCGGUCGCAGGGAGCUGGGGUCGCCCGGAGAACCGCCCACCGUCCCCGCUCGCCCGACUCCUCGGCUCCGGCCGCCAGGCCGGUCCACCUUCGGCCGGCGUCCGGCCGCAAGGUGGCUGUCCGGCUCGGCGUGACCACCUCCCGCUAGUUCUCUUCCACCUCGUUCGGACUCCCUGCGUAACCAUGUCCAUCCUGUAUGUCUCCCCUCAUCCCGACGCCUUCCCCAGCCUCCGUGCCCUUAUAGCGGCGCGCUAUGGGGAGGCUGGGGAGGGGCCGGGCUGGGGAGGAGCCCACCCCCGAAUCUGUCUCCAGCCACCUCCGACCAGCAGGACUCCCUUUCCCCCACCCCGCCUGCCCGCCCUGGAGCAGGGGCCCGGUGGGCUCUGGGUGUGGGGGGCCACCGCUGUGGCCCAGCUGCUGUGGCCGGCAGGCCUAGGGGGCCCUGGCGGUAGCCGGGCCGCCGUCCUGGUCCAACAGUGGGUCAGUUAUGCCGACACGGAGCUAAUACCAGCUGCCUGUGGAGCAACGCUGCCGGCCUUGGGACUCCGGAGCUCUGCCCAGGACCCCCAGGCUGCCCUGGGGGCCCUGGGUCGGGCCCUGAGCCCCCUGGAAGAGUGGCUUCGGCUGCACACCUACCUGGCUGGGGAGGCCCCCACGCUGGCUGACCUGGCGGCUGUCACAGCCUUGCUGCUGCCUUUCCGUUACGUCCUGGACCCCCCUGCGCGCCGGAUCUGGGGUAAUGUGACGCGCUGGUUCAUCACGUGUGUCCAGCAGCCAGAAUUCCGGGCAGUGCUGGGAGAGGUGGUUCUGCACUCGGGGGCCAGACCCCUCUCUCAACAGCCAGUUCCCGAGGUCCCUGCACCCCCAAAGACGGCUACUCAACUCAAGAAAGAGGCAAAAAAACGGGAGAAGCUAGAGAAAUUCCAACAGAAGCAAAAGACCCAGCAGCAGCAACCCCCCCCAGCAGAGCAGAAGAAACCAAAACCAGAGAAGAGGGGGAAACGGGAUCCUGGGGUCAUUACCUAUGACCUCCCAACCCCAGCUGGGGAAAAGAAAGAUGUCAGUGGCACCAUGCCAGACUCCUACAGCCCUCAGUAUGUGGAAGCUGCCUGGUAUCCUUGGUGGGAGCAGCAGGGCUUCUUCAAGCCGGAGUAUGGACGUUCCAGUGUGUCCGCACCAAAUCCCCGGGGAAUCUUCAUGCUGUGCAUCCCACCCCCCAAUGUGACAGGCUCCCUGCACCUGGGCCACGCACUCACCAAUGCCAUCCAGGACUCCCUGACGCGGUGGCACCGCAUGCGCGGGGAGACCACCCUGUGGAACCCUGGCUGUGACCACGCGGGCAUUGCCACCCAGGUGGUGGUGGAGAAGAAGCUCUGGCGCGAGCAGGGCCUGAGCCGGCACCAGCUGGGUCGAGAGGCCUUCCUGCAGGAGGUCUGGAAGUGGAAAGAGGAGAAAGGUGACCGGAUUUACCACCAGCUGAAGAAGCUUGGCAGCUCCUUGGACUGGAAUCGAGCCUGUUUCACCAUGGACCCUAAACUCUCCGCAGCUGUGACAGAGGCCUUUGUCCGGCUCCACGAGGAAGGAGUCAUCUACCGCAGUACCCGCCUCGUCAACUGGUCCUGCAGCCUCAACUCUGCCAUCUCUGACAUCGAGGUGGAUAAAAAGGAGCUGACAGGUCGCACUCUGCUCUCUGUGCCUGGCUACAAGGAGAAGGUGGAGUUUGGGGUCCUUGUCUCCUUCGCCUACAAGGUCCAAGGCUCAGACAGUGACGAGGAGGUGGUGGUGGCAACAACUCGGAUCGAAACAAUGCUGGGCGACGUGGCCAUAGCCGUGCACCCCAAAGAUCCUAGAUAUCAGCACCUGAAGGGGAAGAGCGUGAUCCAUCCAUUCUUGUCUCGGAGCCUCCCCAUUGUCUUUGACGAUUUUGUGGACAUGGAGUUUGGCACAGGUGCGGUGAAGAUCACCCCUGCACACGACCAGACCGACUAUGAGGUCGGGCAGCGGCACGGCUUGGAGGCCAUCAGCAUCAUGGACUCCCGAGGGGCCCUCAUCAACGUGCCCCCACCUUUCCUGGGCCUACCGAGGUUUGAGGCCAGGAAGGCGGUGCUGGCAGCACUGAAGGAGCGGGGACUGUUCCGGGGUGUCGAGGACAACCCCAUGGUGGUGCCGCUUUGCAACCGGUCCAAGGAUGUGGUGGAGCCUCUGCUGCGGCCGCAGUGGUACGUGCGCUGUGGGGAGAUGGCCCAGGCCGCCAGUGCCGCCGUGACACGGGGCGACCUCCGCAUCCUCCCUGAGGCCCAUCAGCGGACGUGGCAUGCCUGGAUGGACAACAUCCGGGACUGGUGCAUCUCCCGGCAGCUGUGGUGGGGCCACCGCAUCCCAGCCUACUUCGUCACAGUCAGUGACCCCGCCGUGCCCUCAGGGCAGGACCCGGAUGGGCGGUACUGGGUGAGCGGGCGCAGCGAGGCCGAGGCCCGGGAGAAGGCGGCCAAGGAAUUUGGAGUGUCCCCUGACAAGAUCAGUCUCCAGCAAGAUGAGGAUGUCCUGGACACGUGGUUUUCUUCUGGUCUCUUUCCCUUCUCCAUUUUCGGCUGGCCCAACCAGUCAGAAGAUCUGAGUGUGUUCUACCCGGGGACGCUGCUGGAGACGGGCCAUGACAUCCUCUUCUUCUGGGUGGCCAGGAUGGUCAUGCUUGGCCUGAAGCUCACUGGCAAGCUGCCCUUCAAAGAGGUCUACCUCCACGCCAUCGUGCGAGAUGCCCACGGCCGAAAGAUGAGCAAGUCUCUAGGCAAUGUCAUCGACCCCCUGGACGUCAUCCACGGAGUCUCCCUGCAGGGCCUCCACGACCAGUUACUGAGCAGCAACCUGGAUCCCAGUGAGGUGGAGAAGGCUAAAGAAGGGCAGAAGGCAGACUUCCCGGCCGGGAUUCCCGAGUGUGGCACCGACGCCCUCCGGUUUGGACUCUGUGCCUACACGUCCCAGGGUAUGGCCUCCAAAACCUCUUGGCCAAGUCCCUUCCCCACGGUGGGCACGAGUCGGGAGGGAGAAUGGCAAGGAUUCACCCUUCGCUCCCACCCAGGUCGUGACAUCAACCUGGACGUGAACCGGAUAUUGGGGUACCGCCACUUCUGCAACAAGCUCUGGAACGCCACCAAGUUUGCCCUCCGGGGCCUUGGGAAGGGUUUUGUGCCCUCACCGACCUCUGAGCCUGGAGGCCAUGAGAGCCUGGCAGACCGCUGGAUCCGCAGCCGGCUGACUGAGGCCGUGAGGCUUAGCAACCAAGGCUUCCAGGCCUACGACUUCCCAGCCGCCACCACUGCGCAGUACAGUUUCUGGCUCUACGAGCUCUGUGAUGUCUACCUGGAGUGCCUGAAGCCCGUGCUGAAUGGGGUGGACCAAGUGGCGGCCGAGUGUGCUCGCCAGACCCUCUACACCUGCCUGGACGUUGGCCUGCGGCUGCUGUCACCCUUCAUGCCCUUCGUGACUGAGGAGCUGUUCCAGAGGCUGCCCCGGCGGACACUGCAAGCUCCCCCUAGCCUCUGUGUUACCCCCUAUCCGGAGCCCUCAGAGUGCUCCUGGAAGGACCCUGAGGCGGAAGCUGCCAUGGACCUGGCCCUAAGCAUCACGCGAGCUGUGCGCUCCCUGCGGGCGGACUACAACCUCACCCGGAUCCGGCCUGACUGUUUCCUGGAGGUGGCUGACGCGGCCACAGGUGCUCUGGGGUCGGCGGUGUCGGGCUACGUGCAGACGCUGGCCAGUGCGGGUGUGGUGGCCGUCUUGGCCCUGGGGGCCCCUGUGCCGCAGGGCUGUGCCGUGGCCCUGGCCUCUGACCGCUGCUCCGUCCACCUGCAGCUGCAGGGGCUGGUGGACCCCGCGCGGGAGCUGGGCAAGCUGCAGGCCAAGCGCAGCGAGGCCCAGCGCCAGGCCCAGCGUCUGCGGGAGCGCCGCGCUGCUGCGGGCUACCCUAGCAAGGUGCCCCUCGACGUCCAGGAGGCAGACAGAGCCAAGCUCCAACAGACAGAAGCAGAGCUCAGGAAGGUGGAUGAGGCCAUCGCGCUGUUCCAGAAGAUGCUGUGAUACACCCGACUCCAGUCCUCAUAACCCCCAGUGUCCACCAUGGGGUGGCAGCAAUAAAAUAUUUUGCCACAAA